GAGAGUUUUUUUUUAUUUUUUUUUUAAAAAGUAAUUAUGAAACGUCAGUCGUUUAGGAAUAUCUAACCCAUUAAUUUUUCUUGGAACGGCGCCGCUUGGUUCUUCUGGGAAGCGACUUCAAUCUCGCUUUCUGUCUCCGAUCCCAACGAAGUAACCCGAGCGAUUUAUCAGCUUCAUUGUACCCUGCGAUGCCUUCUCUGCAAUCCGUUUUGCCUCCUGAACUUGCCAAUAACGCCAUUAGGCUUUAUCGUGAGUGUCUUCGAAGAGCUAAAUAUAUUGGUCAUCGGCAACAUAACACUGAGCUUCUCAUUGCUAUGGUUAGACAGCAAUUUAAAAAGAACAUGCAUGAGACAGAUCCAGAGAAAAUUCAGAAGUUGAAGGAUGACGCUGCAAGAGGACUUAUCAACCACAUACUCUAUGAGUCUGAGAAGAUGUCUGGUCGUAAAUUCAGCAAAAGCACAUGAUUUUUGUUCUGAAAUUCUUGAUUUAUGAUUGUAGUUGGUGGUUUAGAUGAAAAUUUUCUUCUGUUAACAGAUAAAUAAAGCAAGACGUCUGUACUGUUACCAUCUUCUGUUUAUGACUAUAAUCUGGUGAGUGUUCAAGCUUUUUAUGCUGAGUGAAAUAUCAAACUGAAUUUAUCGCA